AUGUCAGGACUCUUUGCCUGUCAUCAUGGAUUUGAUUUGACGGCCCAUGAGUUAUCUGCAUCAAUCUUGGCUGUAUCGACGUUAGGUGCCAGUGAUGAAAUCAGAACGACAAACAACAAUUCCUCUACAGCCAUAGGUGGAAUGGGACCACAGUACAACACCAGCCCAGCUAUUUUGCUAAAACCGGAACAACUGAAACUACCAACACCCAUUAUUGUGAUGGGGCUGAUGAAGGCUGGAACUACUUCUAUUUAUGGCUAUUUCAAGUGUGGACUCGAUCCCAAGUUUUCGAGAUUGAGUCACUAUAAUUGCAACUACGCAGGCAAGAAUGUAAUGUCGUGUGGCAAGCGCAUGCGACGGAACAUUACCAAGAUGAAAACCAAAGCCUUUGACACGAUGGACAUGUUCACGGUCUACGCUGAACUGGAUGGACAAGAAAAGAAUGGCGGGAUCACUGUACCACAAUGGCAAUUUGUGAAUGAGAUUCAUGAACACUUUCCGGAAGCAACUUGGAUCUUGAAUUUGAGGGAUCCGCAUGAUUGGUUAAAGUCCAUUGACCACUGGCAAGAUUUGCGGCAACGCUUCAUCGACAAUCCGUUCUUACCGGAUUUGCCACGCGGCAAGGGGGGGAACGACCAAGAUAUGAUUGCCUUUUAUCUCGAGCAAGCCCAAAGGAUUCGCAAGUUUGUGGAAGAAAAUCCCUCGCACACCUUAGUAGAAGUACCCAUUGAUAAGCCCGAGGCGGGAAAGAUAAUGGAAGAUGCUUUUGGCAUAUCCUCAGAAGCCUGCUGGAGAAAGCGGAAUGUGAACGAUGGUUCCGCUGUUUGGGUAGAGCACUGA